AGAAUGUAACGUACCCUUGGCUACUCGGAUGAAGGCGGUGCUAGUGGAGCCCAAGCAGCAGGGCCUUGCCUUUGUGGGUGUAGAAAGAGAAGAUGGCUCCCGUUCUGGAGAAACAGCACCCGGGCGCAGCCGGGUCGGCCGACAAUAACAACGAAGAUGAAGAGGGACAAAACCUCUGGUCGUCAAUAUUGAGCGAAGUUUCGACGAGGUCGAGUUCAAAGUUGCCAUCUGGAAAAAACAUCCUGGUGUUUGGCGAGGAUGGAUCAGGAAAAACGACACUCAUGGGCAAACUUCAAGGCACUGAUCACAACAAGAAGGGGAGGGGACUGGAAUAUCUGUACUUAAGUGUCCAUGAUGAAGACCGGGAUGACCUUACUCGCUGCAAUGUGUGGAUCCUGGAUGGCGACUUAUACCACAAAGGCCUUCUUAAGUUUGCUGUUACAGCCCAGUCGCUACCCGACUGCCUUGCCGUUUUUGUUGCGGACAUGUCCCGGCCCUGGACCAUUAUGGAGUCUUUGCAGAAGUGGGCCAGUGUGCUCCGUGACCAUGUGGACAAGCUCAAGAUUCCUCCAGAGGACAUGAGAGAACUAGAGCAGAGGAUGGUGAAAGCUUUCCAAGAGUACACAGAACCAGAAGAUGCCACCCCAUCCUCUCCACGACGAGCCCCAACAUCAGGGGAGGAUGAAGCCAUCGUGCUACCACUUGGGGACAACACACUCACACACAACUUGGGCAUUCCGGUGCUAAUAGUUUGCACAAAGUGUGACGCAAUCGGCGUACUAGAGAAGGAGCACGACUUCAGAGAUGAGCACUUUGAUUUCAUCCAGUCCCACAUCAGGCAAUUUAGUUUGAAAUAUGGAGCUGGCUUGAUCUAUACUUCAGUCAAAGAGGAGAAGAACAUGGAUCUACUUUACAAAUACAUAGUGCACAAGAUGUAUGACUUUCAGUUCGUUACGCCUGCCUUAGUGGUGGAGAAAGAUGCAGUGUUCAUUCCAUCUGGAUGGGAUAAUGAGAAGAAAAUUGGGAUUUUGCAUGAAAACCUCACAACAGUCAAACCAGACGAUCCAUUUGAAGAUUUCAUUACAAAACCUCCUGUACGAAAGCUGGUUCAUGACAAAGAGAUAAAUGCAGAAGAUGAGCAGGUUUUCCUGAUGAAGCAACAGUCUUUGCUAGCAAAACAGCCAGCCACGCCAACAAGAGGAGCAACAGAGUCUCCAGGGCGUACGACCUCGGGGUCUCCCAGGCCUGCGGGUCGUGCUGGACAGCCCACCAUCACCAGCAGUUCACCAAUGGCUGCAGUCAAAAAGCCUGACCCCAAUAUGAAAGGGGGGGCUGCAAAUGAGGGAGUUCUGGCUAACUUCUUCAACAGCCUGCUGAGUAAAAAGACCGGGUCCCCAGGAAGCCCUGGAGCCGGAGCAGUCGGAGCAGGAGUGCAAGGCUCUGCCAAGAAAACAGGGCAGAAGCCGGGUUUGACUGACGUACAGGCCGAGCUGGACAGGAUGACCCGCAAACAAGACUCCGUGGUUUCAGCUAACAACGUACCGCCGACAGAGAACGAAGCGUGA